AUUGCAGAGAGAUUUUUAUUUAACACGUAUCUGCUAAAAUCAGGAGGCGACACCGUUGAGAGGACUAGCUUCUCUAACGUGGCCCAAGAAUAACAAAACACAUCGACACCUUUCUUAUCCACUACCACCACACCAAGCAAAGUCUGCAACUUUUAAGACGACUCCACUACGCUCCUGCUCUCUCCUCUCGCUCCACCACCAGCACCAAUGGAAGCUCCUUCGUUACAAACCCUACUACGAUUCCCACUUACCUUCAGAUCUCCCUGCCAAAUGGGCAAUGAGAAAUCCAAGGUUGCCGUGGCUAAGAGCUUGGGUGUCGGAUUUCCAUCCCUUACAGUCAAAAGGGUGCUAAGGAGGUCUUUUUUGCAGUUCCUGGGUUUCAAUCCCAUCUUACUAAAUGUUAACACAGUAGUAGUAGCAGCACCAAUGCAGGAGAUGAAUGAACCUGAAGUAAUCAGGACCCAGAAGCUUGCUAGUGGAGUGAGGAUUCAAGAGAUUAUUGAAGGGGAAGGUCUAGAGGCUCGUGAAGGAGAUCUGGUUGAAGUUAACUAUGUAUGCCGAAGGUCAAAUGGAUAUUUUGUUCAUAGUACUGUCGAUCAAUUCACCGGAGAAAGUGCCCCUGUUAUACUUCCUGUGGAUGACAAACAGAUAAUAAGGGGUCUUAAAGAGGUAUUGAUUGGCAUGAAGGUUGGAGUUCUUAUCAAUUACGUUCAGGGAAGAGAAGAGCAUUGGUACCUCCUUCUUCGGGAUAUGUUAACGAGAAACUAAGACCAAUUCCUGAUGAGUUUGGCCCUCGACGUAGCCUUUUGUCUCAUGCAAGCGAGCCAUUGAUAUUUGAAGUGCAGCUGUUGAAAGUUUUUUGACAAUUCUGUGUUUCUCAAUCAUAGUCUACCUUGUACUUUAUACCUUCAAUGUCGAUGAAUACUUGGGCAAUUGUCAUUGUAUUUAAAUACGAAUUUCCAUGUUUUGUUUAAAUUACAUAUUUCCUAGUGUUAUAAAACACAGAACCUUAAACUUUUGGGUAGGAAAUGUUUGACGAGGGGCAGCAUAUGAGGAAUCUUCUCCUUUUCUUUAAAUAAAUAGGGUUCCAUGUAUA